UUGGAUCUUUGCAAGUGGGAAUCAGAAAGGAAGAAGAAGAAGAUGUCGUUGGUGUGGCUAGAAGCGGCUCUACCUCUCGGAAUCAUCGGAGGGAUGCUAUGUAUUAUGGGAAAUUCUCAGUAUUACAUCCACAAAGCUUAUCAUGGCCGUCCGAAGCAUAUUGGGCACGAUGAAUGGGAUGUUGCUAUGGAGAGACGCGACAAGAAAGUCGUCGAGAAAGCUUCAGCUCCGUCCUCAUGAUCCAAUCUCAUUCCUUUAGAUCCAUCAGGGACUUGAAGUGAACAACUUGUGGUCACAAAUAAAGUGUAUUCCAGAAGAAGAAGCUGGAGAAUCUAGUUCUGUUAUUCCCGUUUGAAUUUUUUUUUUUUUGGAAACAAGUUUGGAUAAAGCUUUGUUGCUUAAAAACCCUUUUUCUGAUCUCAAAAUUUGAGACCUGGAUGACAUUUGGUUUAUAACUUCUCUAUUUGUUUGUGAUACACGCUGUUAAGUUGCAUGACAUUUGGUUUACAGUACACUCUUGCUGUCUGAAUGAAUAAUAAUCUUGAAAAAU